AUGCCAAACAAACACAACCGGCCCCACCACCGGCCGAGCGACCAGCAGGGCAGCCGCACGCACCAGCGCCGCCCCCUGGAGCCCGCGGACCACAGCGAACAGCACCGUCGACACACUGACACACAGGGGCGUGAGGAGGGCGAAGAGGGCGCUGAGGAGGAGCCCCAUUCCGAGGACGAGCUUCCCCCCCCAGGGACUCCGCCAGGCGCCCCCCGAGGAAGUUCGACGAGAGCGACCCGUAGAAGAAGGCGCCGAGGACGACUCCCUGCGUCGUUUCGUCCCACGAGAACUCGCCGGCCUGGGGGGAAACGGGCAAAUAUCCGACGACCUGUUGCCGGGGACGGUGGGCCUCCCGACGUCGGCUUUGACCAUGGCAACGAUGGCAACAGAAAGGCCGACUCACAUGGCUUACAAGAGCGCCAGGCCGAGGAAGCCCAUGAAGGCGAGGGGAAUAGCCAUGAACACCUACAGUUAAAACAACGUCAUAAGCCUUUGCGUUACCUGGAAACCUCUAUUGCAAGGGUUUCCGAUGUGGUAUGGCAUAUUGGUAUUGGUAUAUGGUUGGUGAUUCUGUCGUGGGCGGUUGUGGGCUUCGUCUGCGCCCACGGGUACAUGUCGUCGCCCGCCGCCCGCAACUCCGCCUGGAGGUUCGGCUUCGACGUCGCCGCUGACUACAACGACAACGAGCUCUCCUGCGGCGGACGAGGAGUGCAACACUGGCAGAACGGCGGUCGGUGCGGCGUGUGCGGGGACGACUGGCGGCUGCCGGAGCCACGACCCCACGAGCGAGGCGGACGCUUCGGUCGCGGCGUCGUCACCGCCAACUACAGCGAGGGUCAGGUCGUCCCCGUGACCAUCCACCUCUCGGCCAACCACAAGGGCUGGUACGAGUUCCGGCUGUGCAGCAACAGCGAUCCGGGCGCUCGGGACUCGCGGCGGUGUCUGGACAAGCACCUCCUCGCCAUGGCGGACGGCAGCGGCUCCCGCUACACCCUGGACGCCUCCGUCCGCGGCGACCACACCGUGCACGUGCAGCUGCCGAGAGGCGUCUCCUGCGCCCACUGCGUCCUCCAGUGGACGUGGACCGUUGGCAACAGCUGGGGCACGUGUCCUGACGGAGGCGAGGGCCUGGGCUGCGGUCCCCAGGAAACCUUCGUCAACUGCGCCGACGUCAGGAUCCAUCCCAAGGGCUUCCAUCGCGCCUCGAGAGUCAGCCCCAAAUUCCGGAAACCAACGAGACGCCCUUCCUAGAUGUCUUGCCGCUGAUACUUAGUCAUUUAGAUUCAUUGUCUAUGUAACGAUGAUGAGUCAACUCGCGUUUUGACUU